GAGCUUUAACCUCAACUCAAGGAGAGUUGGCACAUGCUCUGCGGUUCUUGGCUUCAGUGGUGUCACAGAGCUUCAUAGCCUUCGGCGACAUUCUUGAGUUACAUAAGAAGUUCCUUGAACUUUCUGGUGGCAUUAACCGGAUCUUUGAGCUUGAGGAGUUUACACGCUUCGCUCAAAGAAAUACUGUGGUGUCUCCCAAUGCCAUCAGUGCAGCCUCAAAAGAAACGAUUUCGUUUCAUGAAGUGGACAUUGUAACACCAUCACAGAAGCUAUUGGCUAGAAAACUCUCGUGCGAUGUGGUACAAGGGAAAAGCCUUCUUCUGACCGGUCCCAAUGGUAGUGGAAAGAGUUCUAUUUUUAGAGUGCUCAGGGAUCUCUGGCCCACCUUCUCUGGGAGAGUUACCAAGCCCUCAGAAGGGAUGUUUCACGUUCCUCAGCGCCCAUAUACCAGCCUAGGUACUCUGCGGGAUCAGAUCAUAUACCCUCUCUCAAGGGAGGAAGCGAAGAUAAAAGUUCUUUCGCUACAUAGAUCUGGUAACAAUUCUAGUGCCUCCAUGCUGCUGGAUGAUCACCUGAAGACAAUUCUAGAGAAUGUUCGGCUGGUGUAUCUUCUAGAAAGGGAAGGGUGGGAUUCUACACCAAACUGGGAAGAUGUUCUGUCGUUAGGGGAACAACAGAGGCUUGGAAUGGCUCGUUUGUUUUUCCAUCAUCCUAAGUUUGGUAUCCUGGACGAGUGCACCAAUGCUACGAGUGUUGAUGUCGAAGAGCAUCUGUACAGACUUGCAACUAGCAUGGGCAUAACUGUGAUCACUUCCUCUCAAAGGCCUGCUUUGAUACCCUUCCAUGCCUUGGAGCUGAAGCUCAUUGACGGCGAAGGGAACUGGGAGCUAUGUGCGAUCCAGCAGUGAGUGAUGGUGCCCAUUAGGAGUUGAUGCCAUUAAAUGCACCAUCAGCUGCAUGUACAAAAGCAAGCAGCUAGCACAUUGCCAUUGUUUGUGUAUGGACAACGUAGACAGUGGCAGCGUUGCUAUGUUGGAAGAUGCUAUAUUCUUGUCAUAGUCUGCCUCAGGUUGAGCAGCAAAGCAUUGUGAUGAUGUAUGAUUGUGAGCCAUGCAUGGUAGCUGAAUCCUGAUAUUAGCUUUUAGAUAGUGGACAUGAUUGUGAGCCAUGCAUGGUAGCUGAAUAGCAGAGCAGAAGGGUUGUGUGUUAGAAGCUGUACCUAUUGAUUCAUUACAUUAUAUUGAUUCUGCGUAGCAGAUGUAUAUUACAGGCAAGCAAAAUAUAAAUAAAUACGAUGUGGAAUUGUGGAUGCUGCUGCCAU